ACGUUUUUAAGAAACUGAAAAAAGCACAACUGUCAGGGCAUGUCAAAACAUCUUUGGGGCCAAAAACACCCUCAAAGAUUCCUUGUGUUACUUUAGUGAAGAAGUCAUAACAUAACUUUAUGGUUUUUACUUAGAUUUUUUUUUUUGGAUUUGAAAGUUUUGAAUCUAUUGUGCUACAGAGAUAAUAAAACUGCAACAUUACAUACAUUAAAUUUAACAAAUAAAGCAUGUAGAUUUCUUUCAUUGAUGAAGCUGCCACGUCAGCGGCCUGUUCCGUAGGCUUGUUUUUUUUUUUUUUUUACUUGGCACCAUGGGUAGAAUAAAAAAGGCUAUAUCUGUUCAUCAAAAAUACAGUAAAAAUACUGUGAAACAAUGGAACAAUGUGAAAGCUCCUUGCAGUCCUUUUUAAUAAAAAUAUGAAUUCCUUUAUUGACUUUGAAUGUUAAUGUAUUUUUUUUAGCAUCAUUGGCUAGUCUUAUUGAGCAGAUAAUUUUGAGCAAAUAUAUAUUGCCACUAAGUUUUGAUAUGGUUUGCGAAAGCCUUGCUCAUUAACACGUGAGUGUGUGUGUGUGUGUGUGUGUGUGUGUUUCUAAUGCCUGUGGAGCAGAAUGAGAGUGAUUCUGCACUAAUGAGCUGCUCUGGAAUUUCAGAACACCAUGUUCUGUCCCAAUUGACUGUGUGUGUGUGUGUGUGUGUUCACCUUGAUCCCUCACUGAUCUCUUGUUUGAUGACACAAAUUGCUGAGCACAGUCUGCUCUCGGUCAUUUUUAACUUGUGGGUUAAGAAUAUCUUCGUUCACAAUGUAGCAAAACAAUGUGUGCAUGUUUUUUUGCAUUGCAAGGUCACAUUUUAGGAUAUUUUUUAGACAGCUCAAUGUCUAAAUCAGGAUAAGUGUGGAAACUCUGAACUUCCAUUCACAUUCAGCAAAACUCGAGGAAAUCAUUACAGUCUUUGCUUUUUCAUGCACAACUAUUUUCUUGCCUCUUUUGCCCUGUCCAUUCUCUAUUGAUCGUGAUCACGAUAAUAGAAAAUGUUCGAAAUGAUUUUCCUUUCCCUUGAAGCCUCAUUUCCCCUGUGUAUUGACUUGAUGCUCCAGACAUAAUUUCCCAUUUCUAAAAGAUGUUAUCGUAUGAGUGGAAAGGCUGUGUUUUGCAGUUCCCCACAGGUUUAGACCUACAGAGAAGCUGCUGGAAAUCAAGUCUUAAAACCUUUCAGAGCUCAACUCAACAGGACAUCCAAGAGAGGGGCAGGGAACUGUUCCAUAGGCGGUUGCUUAUUUCAUUUCUCCAUCGCUGGUCUUUCCUCUUUCUACACACACACACUCGGUUUUCUUUUUCUCUUAAUGUGAAUGAAAGCUCCUUUUUGUUAUAUCUAGACUUACUGUUUCUCUCUUGUGAUGCUCUUGUUCUGACCAACUGUACCCAAGAUUAGCAAAUGAAAUUAACCCCAAUUGACUUAUGAGGUUCAAUGGCUAUAUUCAGAUAAAGCUCUAUAAAGCAGCUCUGGAGAAACAGUUCAGAAUCAGCUCAGUUCAGCUCUCAUACAGUAGUGUACACGCAGUCAAAUAAUACUGCCAAAUAUUAAGUCCCCAACUAAGCAAGCCAAAAGGCGACAGUGGCAAGGAACCCAAACUCUAUCAGUGACAGAAAUGGAGAAAAAAAACAUUCAGGGGGUCAGAACUCCACUGUUCCUCGUUGGGCAUGUAAUGGCAUAUAGAAACUAGAAACUCAUACUAUCUAGCUUCUUAAUUGCCAAUUCAGCAGCCUCUAGUGUGGCAUAAUGGACAAAAUCAUAGCAUUUUGGUUUACCAUUACUGUUGCACACCACUCGGCUCAAAAUAACUUCCCCAAAGCACAAGAGAGUGUCGUAUAGAACAAGGUCGUUGAUGUCCAGUGCAAAACACUUUACAAUUAUGUUUUAAAAAAAGGAAUUGUGUUGAGCCCACAUGAUACACAUGGAUUUGCUCUAGACCAGCGAUUCUCAAUUAGAGUCCUCCAUGUGUAAAUACUCUGUGCAGCACAAAUCAGUGAAUGAAUGUUCCGAAGUAUGGUAAACUUCAACAGAUUUCCCCUGCUCAGGGAGUAGGGAGCAAUAAACAAUGGGAACACAGUUCAUGCAGGGAGCUCACUUCUAACGAGCUGAUUAUCUGAAUCAGGUGUGUUAGCAAAGAGAAACAUGCAAAAUAUGCAGAGCAGUGGGGCGGAAUGACUGGGAUUGAGAACUGCUGCCCUAGACACACAAAACAGAUCAGGUCCAAAUGCGAGGAAGGUUGAAAGCAACACCUGUUCACUGUCGGACCAGCAAUAGGAAGAGCUUGAUAGUGACAUCAAGCACCUCUCCCACUCUGCCUCGCCCCCAUUCACCUCUGCACGGACACCCAGGAAGCAGCCCAUUGGACAGCCCACGUAAUUUCUCUCCAAACACUGCGGCCCACUUCUCUUUUGUGCCAGCUCGCAGCCAUGGACACAGGGCUGACAGGACGGAUGGUCGUCGCUGGUCUCUCGCCUCUCUGCCCUCCUCUGGCUAUGGAACCAACACCCCAAGCUCAACAGUCUCGUCAUCAUGUUCAUCUCAGGAGAAGCUGCACCAGUUGCCCUUCCAGCCCACUGCAGAUGAGCUGCAUUUCCUCACCAAACACUUCAGCUCGGAGAAUAUCACGGACGAGGAUGGGAGAAGAUCUCCAGCCAUGCGGCCGCGCUCCCGUAGUCUCAGCCCUGGACGCUCGCCCAUUUCAUUUGACCAUGAGAUCGUCAUGAUGAACCAUGUCUACAAGGAGCGUUUCCCUAAGGCUACUGCUCAGAUGGAGGAAAGGCUGGCUGAUUUCAUAUCCUCCUCAGCUCCUGACAAAGUCAUGCCUUUAGCUGACGGCGUCCUGAGCUUCAUCCACCACCAGGUCAUAGAAUUGGCUCGGGACUGCCUGGACAAAUCCCGUGAGGGUCUCAUCACCUCACGCUACUUCUACGAACUACAGGAAAACCUUGAGAAACUACACCAAGACGCUCAUGAGCGUUCAGAAAGUGGGGAGGUGACAUUUGUCACCCAGCUGGUUAAAAAGCUGAUGAUUAUCAUCGCCCGACCCGCCCGUCUGCUGGAGUGUUUGGAGUUUGAUCCAGAAGAGUUUUACCACCUGUUAGAGGCUGCUGAGGGUCAUGCUAAAGAAGGUCAGUGCAUCAAGUCUGACAUCCCUCGAUACAUCAUCAGCCAGCUGGGCCUCACCAGGGACCCCCUUGAGGAAAUGGCCCAGCUGAGCAGCUAUGACAGCGGUAACCCUGAAACGCCAGAGACAGAGACAGAUUCCACAGAUAGUCGAGGAGCCACCGUACAACCACUCCAGCCUCAGCCUCAACCCAAAACUAAAACUCCACGUGAGGAAGACUUUGAGACCAUUAAACUCAUUAGUAAUGGAGCCUAUGGGGCUGUGUUUCUGGUGAGGCAUAAGGAGACCCGUCAGAGGUUUGCCAUGAAGAAGAUCAACAAGCAGAACCUGAUCCUGCGAAACCAGAUCCAGCAGGCCUUUGUGGAAAGAGACAUCCUGACAUUUGCAGAAAACCCUUUUGUUGUCAGCAUGUUCUGCUCUUUUGAGACAAGGAGGCAUCUUUGUAUGGUUAUGGAGUAUGUGGAGGGUGGGGACUGUGCCACUUUGCUGAAGCACAUUGGGGCUCUGCCUGUGGACAUGGCACGCAUGUACUUUGCUGAGACUGUUCUAGCACUGGAAUACCUUCAUAAUUACGGCAUCGUGCACAGAGACCUUAAACCUGACAAUCUCCUGAUUACUUCAAUGGGACACAUCAAACUGACAGAUUUCGGCCUGUCCAAGAUUGGUUUAAUGAGCUUAACAACCAAUCUAUAUGAGGGCCACAUUGAAAAAGACGCCCGAGAAUUUCUGGACAAGCAGGUGUGUGGUACUCCUGAAUACAUAGCGCCUGAGGUCAUUCUGAGGCAGGGCUAUGGAAAGCCAGUGGACUGGUGGGCCAUGGGAGUCAUCUUGUAUGAGUUUCUCGUGGGAUGUGCUCCCUUUUUUGGGGAUACACCUGAGGAACUGUUUGGACAAGUCAUCAGUGAUGAGAUAAUCUGGCCAGAAGGUGAUGAAGCUUUGCCUCCGGAUGCUCAGGAUCUCAUCUCCAAACUACUGCGGCAAAACCCUCUGGAGCGUCUGGGAACAGGGAGUGCGUUUGAGGUGAAACAGCACCGUUUCUUUACUGAUCUGGACUGGAACAGUCUCCUGAGGCAGAAGGCAGAGUUUAUUCCUCAGCUGGAGUCGGAGGAUGACACUAGCUACUUUGACACACGCUCAGAUCGGUAUCAUCACGUAGACUCAGAGGAAGAGGAUGACACAAAUGAUGAUGACCAUUUGGAGAUCCGUCAGUUUUCCUCCUGUUCACCACGAUUCAGCAAGGUAUAUAGUAGUAUGGAGCGUCUUUCCUUGCAUGAAGAGAAGCGCACCCCUCCUCCCACUAAGCGCAGUCUUAGUGAAGAGGGAGGAGAGCGUAUCGAUAGUCUCAGUGGCCUGAAGUCUCGAGACCGGAGCUGGCUGGUGGGCUCACCUGAGAUCCUAAGGAAGCGACUCUCUGUUUCUGAGUCAUCUCACACCGAGAGCGACUCCAGCCCGCCUCUGACCGUACGUCGACGCUGCUGCUCGGCCAUCAUCGAAAUGCCUCGAUUUGCCAUUUCCAGCGAAGAGGAUGGUGGUGUGGGGGGCAGGAAGACCCCCGUGAGGGGCCCUCGUGGGGAAGAUCUGCCUCAGGCCAUACCAGAGCUCCCUGUGGAGAGAGAACUCAGGCUGGAUGAAUCGCCAACAACACCAGGCUCCACUUCCAGCCAGAUCAGCCAGUCCACAGUCACACCUGGUAGUUCUGGUGACGUGUUGGAUCGAGCUUCUCGCUACAGUGCUGAAGGAUCUGAAAACUCUACUCCUAAAGCCAUCAGUGAUUUGGCAGCUCGCAGAGCUCGUCACAGACUGCUUUCAGGAGAUACAGAGAAACACACAUCACGUCCACUUAACAAAGUUAUCAAGUCCGCUUCAGCGACUACCCUCUCACUUAUGAUCCCUGCUGAUCACCACGGUGCCUCUCCUCUGGCCAGUCCCAUGUCCCCUCACUCUCUCUCAUCCAACCCUUCAUCACGUGACUCCUCACCCAGCCGAGACCUGUCCCCAGCUGUCUCUAGUGUCAAACCUGCCAUAGUCAUCCACCGAGCAGGCAAGAAAUAUGGUUUCACCCUGCGUGCCAUCAGGGUUUACAUGGGAGACACAGACAUAUAUACUGUGCACCAUAUGGUCUGGCACGUAGAAACUGGGGGACCUGCUCAUGAGGCUGGACUGAGAGAGGGAGAUCUCAUCACGCAUGUUAAUGGAGAGCCUGUCCAUGGACUUGUGCAUACAGAAGUUGUAGAGCUCAUUCUCAAGAGCGGCAGUAAGGUGUCCAUUUCUGCAACGUCCUUUGAGAAUACAUCAAUUAAAGUUGGCCCUGCACGCAAAACCAGCCACAAAUCCAAAAUGGCCCGGCGCAACAAAAGAACCAAAACCAGAGAAGGACAAGACAGUAAGAAGAGGAACUCCCUGUUUCGGAAGAUCACCAAGCAGGCGACCCUUCUCCACACCAGUCGUAGCCUGUCCUCUCUGAACCGCUCAGUCUCAUCAGGUGAAAGUGUCCCAGGGUCUCCUACGCACAUGUCCCCUCGUUCACCCACACAGGGCUGUCGUUCCACACCUGACUCUGCCCACUCAGUUGGUGGGAACUCAUCCCAAAGUAGCUCACCUAGCUCCAGUGUGCCAAACUCUCCUGCCAGUUCUGGUCAGAUAAGACCAAGCUCCUUGCAUGGUCUGGCUCCCAAACUACAGCGCCAGUAUCGCUCACCCCGUCGGAAGUCUGCAGGCAAUAUCCCAUUAUCCCCUCUGGCUCGUACACCAUCGCCCACCCCUCAGAGCACCUCCCCACAGCGAUCUCCUUCACCCCUGUCUAGCCACUCACUCAUCACUUCUUCAAUAGGCCAGUCUUUCCCUGUCAAACUCCACUCUUCACCUCCAUUAGUAAGACAGAUAUCCCGCCCAAAGAGUGCAGACCCUCCUCGCUCUCCUCUGCUCAAGCGUGUCCAAUCAGCUGAGAAGCUUGCAUCCUCUCUUUCUUCUUCCUCCUCAUCUCCUUCUCCUUCCUCUGCUGCUGAUAAAAAGCUGCCAGUUGGUGCCAGCCGCAAACACAGUCUUGAUACCUCACAUUCAGAUUUUAAAAAAGAGAUGCUGCAGCGAGACCCCAGUCUACAGAGCCUGCAGGAGUCAGCCAGUGAGAAUCUAAUGGGAGGAAGAGUGUCUCCCGCAGAAAAGGGCAGCCUGCAGAAAGGUUCAGUUCGUAAACUGGGCAGGCAAGAAGGUCCUGAGUCUGGAACUGGAAGUCUGGGACUUGUUCCUGGGAAGAGUAAACUGAAAGACAAGCUGUCUGCCAUACGCCAGGAUCGCGCUGAGCGUCGAGAGUCUCUUCAAAAACAGGAUGCCAUCCAUGAGGUUGACUCCUCAGAGGAUGAGACAGAUGAAGGGUCGGAAGAUAGCCAAGAUGGACGUAGGACAAGCUAUGUUCCUCCAAGCCAUGUCUUGAGGCCUACUACUGUAAUGGCCUCUCCCCAUACCAUCAGGAUGGGACCAGCAGCUCCACCAACACUGGGACUGUUGCCCUCAAUGGUUGCACCCCCAGGCUUACCUCAGCCCAGCAUAGGACUGCAGAUACAAAGCCAAAGUACCACUCAAUCUCAGACACAAACUUCAGCCUCACUGUCAAUGCAAGGUACAGCCAAGCCCCCAGAACAGAAUCCUACAACCUGUAUUGUGGCCCAAGGCUCCAGUUCAACACUAGCUGAAGAGUCAAAAAAGAAAGAGUCAAAGGCACAGGACUCUCAGUUCAGUGUAAGGCCUUCUCCGUCUCAACCCAGCCCUCUAUCCAGCACCUUUUGCACCCAUGGUAGUGCCUUUACCUCUGUUAGCAAAGACCCAUUUGUCAAACCUGCCAUACCUCCACUGGAUCCCCGGAGAACCCCCAAAUCUUCUGAGCCCAGGUCCAAGACCAGUGGUAAAAUAGAGUCUAGCACAACUUCUGGAAUGACCAGGGAUAUCCCUGUUUCUACCACACCAACUGGAGGCAUCACCAAGGAAAUGAAGGAGGCUGACAAUCGCAGACAGGCUGCAGCUGCCGCUGCUGCAUCCUCUCCAUCCACUCCCUCUGAGAGUGGAAUGGACAAAGUCGUGUCUCAACUGGCCACUGUGGCUAAGAGUGUGCUUGGCCCUGUCAAACUCAACAUCCCAGGUACUAAAGAGGCGUCAGAGCGGACAAAGGACCAGCAUCCCCAGACAGAUCCCACCCACCCAAAGAUAAAAGAAUGUCGUCUGGAGCGUUCUGAUUCUCCUGUCCACUUGAGCCCAUCUGCUGCUUCCGGCUCCCAGUCUUCACUGCUGACUGAAUCUCCCUCUAAACAAACAUCAUCUAAAUCUGAGCACGUCUCAACUUCACAGAGAUCUUUAGAGGUCCCAGGGACUUCCAAAAAGCCAACUCCUCCAAACUCCCAAGCUGGAGAAGAACAUCAGGAUAGACCAGGGACUCCGAGAAGUGGCACCGCACCAAGGCCUAGGUCUGAAGCACAAUCUCAGGCCCAAUCAAAGCCUAGUUCCACUACUUCACGAGACAAAUCCAACAAGACAACGUAGCAGUCUUGCCGAAAGACCCAUUUUCUCCAGCUUUCGUUUAACUUGCCUAUGACUGACAAAUACACAUUGUAACACAAAGCAGUUGUCCUGUUUAAUUUCAAUAUCCCUGUGAAAUGACUGGAAAGAUGAGACUGAGGGAAGAGAUGGAUGUGUUUACAGAAUAUCUCAACAGCUUAAUUUCAGAAUGUUCUAUGCUCUGCCAUUUACUUAAUAACUGAGGCUUAAUAAUUGUUAGAUUUUCUUGUUCCUUCGUUUUUGAGGAUUUUUCUUAGCAGUUAGAAAACCUGGAAAAUUGCUUGGGUCUGGGCCUUGAGAGACAGAAACCGUGUCCACUUACAGUAUAUUACCUCUUCAUAUUAUGUUUAUAUUACUUAAAGAAUCUUCUCUUAUAGUAGUUAUAGUGGUGCCUUAAAACAAAACCUCAGCAUUUCAUUUGUAUUUCUUUCUGCCUGUUCAUCUUUGAAGGAAGACAUAUUGCAGCAAUAAGAGUAGCGUAUCCCGAGCAAUGUUCACAAACAAACAAAGUUGAUUUCAUCACACUUGUAGGAUCAAACAGUAAAGAAAAACCAGUCUGCGUUUUCUGUCUUUCUCACUUGCACUUGUGUCAGCUUUUAAUUUUGUCGGACAGCUGUGAGAUGUAUGUCUAUGAAAAUUCAACCUGAGAUUUUCCCUUUGGCAGUCAUCACGAAUGUUGUACUGUAUAUGGUAACUAAAUUUUGGAUGUAUAGUGGGGGAGAAUGAUGGCCAUUAAUUACAUUAAUGACCUCUGUACAAGUUACUCAAUGUUUCUAAUAAGAAAUAAACAUUUUAGAAAUUAUUUGGAAUGACUCUGUAUAAUAAAUCAUGUGAUCUUUGGCCAUCAUUCAGAUCUCCGUAAUGUUGGCAAGCUACAUUUUAGCUCAAGACAUUACUUGUAACUUGCACAUCAUUAUGUGUAGAUUUUGUUUGGUUUCGCCUUUGUUCAGAAUUUCAAGCGGACCAUUUUAUUUUUUGUUCAUCAGCUUGCGUGUUUUAUUUUAUCUCAUUUUAAAAUCUGGACCAAUUAGCAGUUGUCUCUGUAUAUUUGUUUGCUUUUUUGUUUUUCUAUUUCAGCAGACUUGCCUCUGGUGUGUGUGUGUGCGUCUGUGUACAGAAGCAUGUUUGAGUGUUUCUUGUGUGGGUUCUUAUAUAAUGCAUAUUUAAAAAGGCUGUUAUUUGUUCGUUUUAUGCCCUAGACAGUGGGAGUGUGUUUUUGACUGGUGUCCUAUCUUUGCCAUAUCAGCUCUGUCUGAUUCAGCCCUUUGUCAUAUACCAGGCAAAGAUGUAUUUGCACAAACCCUUUUUUUAUUUUGUGUGUCAAUAAUAUGAAAACUAAUAAAUACAGUAUCCAGUUAGAUCCCAGUUGGGGUCUUGAGGGGUUUGACCAGUAAGUGAGACUGUGGUACGUUUUCAAGUUACCUUGACAUAAUGUUAACACUUUAAUGUAUUUAAAGGUUAACCUGUGGAACUUUAAUUUUUUAACCACCUUUUACAUUUAUAAUCAAAAUCAGUUAGUUGUCUGUAUUAUGUUUACAUUGUUUCCCACAUCUUUUUUCUUAAUGUUCAACACUUGCUCCUAGUAAAAUGUCUAGUUGCUAAGAACAAGUCAAUCCUAAAAGGCUCUUUCCAACAUACUCCUGCCCUCCUUUUGACCUUGACCACAUAGAAAGGUGUCAAAAAAGUGUUUUUAGUUGGUCUUUAUAACUGAUUGUGAUUGAGUCACAUGAUGAUAGUAUGUACAGUUACUCUAUAACCUUAUUCAUGUUUUGUCCAUAUAAAAUGUGAAUGGAUGUCUUGCACACUUAUGCUUCUUUAAGGAAUGGAGCUGUUGAUCGCACUGCAGCCUGAAGCUUAAUUCCUGAAAAACUUAAUUAACCUGGGCACCAUGAUCAGUGAAAAAUGCACUUGUGGCGAGAAUGGCAUUUGGAUGAAGUUGGAAAUGCAUCUGUGGGCAGUGGGGUUUGUUAGAGUGUUUGACCUGUUGGGUCUAGAGAACUUUCAUCGAUCCUACGCACUAGUGGUCAAGGCGUAAAUAUACAGUUAAGAACAACGCUUAACCAUUAUGUCCAAAAGUUUUGACCUACAACUGAAUCCCACUCCAAAGUUAUCAUUCUCAAACCCAAACUUAAAUUGGGAGGGCUUAUAGAAACUGCCCUUAAAUGUUUACAUGUGUUUUGAGAGAUCAUUUGUAAACCGCACACUCUAGUGCAUCAUGUCUAAAUAAUGUGUCAUACGUGUAGUGUGAAUGCUCAGGCACAUUUUGUAGCUUAGAUGAUGGCAGACCACUAGUGAUUUCCUUUCUGGCUGCAUUGCAUUUGAGAUUUUACAGGGUGUAAAGACAUUGUGUCAAGAAACCGUUGCAUUCACUCGAUUAGCCUAGUAUUUAGUUUUUCACUAAUUUUUUACACAUAGUCUCUGAAGACCUGCUUCACAUUCUACCCGUUGUGCUCUUGACAAAAAUGGAAAACAGUAUGUAAAUGUUAAAUUCAUCUCUGCUCCCUUUUCGUGAGCUGCCUUGGGCUGUAAAAGUGAACGCUAACUGCUUUCUCGUGUACGUGAUGGGGAUGUUGAUGAUGGUUGGGCUAUUUGUUGAGGUGAAGUCUGGUUUCAGAAAGCCUGCGGUGGUCAUCCAUCAAUGUCCCGCAGCCACAUGCCACCAUGCACGCACUAGUGAAAUGUAAUCUCACACACCGUCUAGAGCAAAUUUAGCCGCCACCUCUCACCUGUGGUAUAGCUUGGCUCUUUAUGAUCUAAAAAAAAAAAAACUUUGGAGCACACAUACAUGCACUACUUACAUCUGCCUACCAUAAACACGCAUAUAGGCUCUUAUGUCCAACCACUGCCCUCCUAAUGUCUGUGUGUGUUGGUGUUUGACCCAAAUGGCAGCACAGAUGAGAUGGUUUACUUUUAUGUAAAUAUUUUUAGGUCUGGUGUUCUGAGUGUCUUUAAUAUAAACAUAAUUGAAGUUAUUUGGUGUGCAAUGGCCACUGCCUUAGACGUGACACAGAUGGAAUGGGACAAUGACUAUACUGUGUGUAUUUUAAGACCUGGCACUAACAUGGGAGUCAAUGGUGAAACUGGUGUCAUGGAUUUAGGGCACUGUCCGUGUGUCAGUCAUGCUUUGUCCAAGACUAAAGGAGACUAUGUGGUUGUACAGACACGAGUGAAAAGAAAAAGAAAAAUCUGCUAGAGUUAAACCAGUGCAAUAUCUUACAUUUUUCUGUUGUGGUAAGACGCAUGUUUGUUGUUAAUCCUACCUUAUGAAUAAUAAAGAUUUCUUUUUUAAAGUAA